AGGACAGAUUAAUGAUGACACUCAUUGUGAACUUAAUAAUAAAAGUAAUUGACAUAUGUUUUGUAGCAGGAAACUCAGGUGUAGGGUCCUUUAUGACAUUUAGGGCAAUAAAAGAGAGGGAGAGAAAGACAUUCUUUUCAAAGACACGUCAGAAGGUCCAGAAACAGAAAACAGUAAAGAUUUAUGUUGGAGUUAUGAAGAUUAUAGGUGAUUCCCUUAAACCUGUGAGAGGGAAGUCACUUCCCGUUGAUAUUCAACCUCAGUGGUCAUCUGAUCAACUGUUGGCUGCUGCUGUAAAGAAGCAGAAAGAUUUUAACCAGGAUAUGGAAGGUGCACAUGUUUUGUUGUACCCUGAUGCUCAGGAAAUUAGAAACAUUCCAGGAACAGACACCCCUUUCACAGUGCAGAAAUACAAGGAGGCAAUUGGAAAGGCCUACCAAAGAAUCACAAUGUACAUUUGCACUGUUGAAAACUUUGCAAACAUCUGUAGCAGUGGACAGACUUCAAGUGAAGAUGACAGUGUGGUCCAUGUCAAUUUGCCGUCUGGAGACAGUCCACUUUCUGACACCGUGGUGUGGGACGGUCCAGAUGAAGUGAGCACUCCAAGAAUGGAUAACAUUUUGCAUGGACACCCAAAACCAGCAGCUGAUCAGGAUGGAAGACAAACCGCAGUCCAGGAAGAGGUCAAUUUAGACCAAGGUCAAACUUUUGUAGAAACUACACAAAUGUGUAUGCGCCAAUAGUUAUUGACAGCAAGUUUGAGCCAGAAUAACACAUGGAGCACACUGCAGAAGAAAGCACAGAGGAUUUGACUGCUGCAAACAUUGUAUCAGAACUCUCAGCAAAGAUAAUAAAAACAUCUUGGAGCAGGUUCAAUAUAAAUAGAGCCAAUGUGUGGGAUGGAGCAGUCCGCAGCUUCAAACGUGGUUCAUUUGACCCAU